GCCUGCGCGGCGGGGCUGCCCGGCCCGACCGCCCGCCCGGGGCCACGGGGCCCGCCGAGGCGGCUCGAGGAGGUUGGAGACGACCAGCUGGAGGGCUUCCGCUGCCAGCACGGCCACCACGCGGCGGGCGGCCCGGCAGUGGUUGUGGGCUCGUGCGAGUGCGACGCAGGCUGGGGCCGGGCUGGGUUGACGGACCCCUUGAAUUUCUUGAGAGGGGCUUGUACGCAGUACCACUGUGUUGACGAUCGAACGUGCCAAGAGGUGUUGGAGCCGCUUGGGAUCCACGGCUCUACUUGUCCCGUGAGAAGCUGGAAUUGCUAUUGCGGUUGGGAGCGGGCAUUCUACAAUUGGGGACAGGGCUGGGACACCCCCAACCACGCGAAGCCAGGUGCCAAGUCAUGGGCAUCAUGUACACCUUCUCUGUCUGGCUCUCCGUGUGGCUGGUGUUCGUCGGGGAGCGCGCGUGGGGGUACGUUCUGA